GAUCCUGAAAAAGAACACGACAACUUUGUUCAAAUCAAACCCGAAAGAAGCAUGGAGCAAUCCACUCGAAUUUGCUUCAAUUUCCACGAUACAGGUGCGAGAGCUCUGAAACAUACUGAUCUGGAUCAGUAUACAGGAACGAGACUACAGGAAUUCCCAGUAUAGAUGAUACAUCUGUGAGUUCUGUGACCCUCCGAACGUUCACACACUCUCCACAACCACUGGCGCGCUCCUCCGUUCCGUCCUCUGCCUUCAGCCGCACGAUCGAGCAGCAACAAUGGCUUCCGUCUCCUUCCUGGAGCUCUCGCUCUCCAUCCUCUGCUUCACCCUCUUCUACUACUUCCACAUCAAAUCCAAGCGCAAGAACCCGGUGAUCCCACUCGACUGGCCACUGGUGGGCAUGCUCCCGGCGCUCCUGGGCAACCUCCCGUGGCUCCACGACUGGGUGACCUCCGUGCUCGUGGCCAGCCCGCUGAGCUUCCGCUUCACGGGCCCGCCGCGCUCCCGGAUGCAGUUCCUGCUCACGGCCGACCCGGCCAACGUGCGCCACGUCUUCACCUCCAACUUCAGCAACUACCCGAAAGGCCCCGAGUUCGCCGAGAUCAUGGACAUCCUCGGCGGCGGCAUCUUCAACGCCGAUGGCGACUCCUGGCGCAUGCAGCGGGCCAAGGCGCAGCUUCUCAUGUCGACCCCGAGGUUCAAGCGCUUCGUGGCCACGUUCGUCCGCGGCAAGGUCGAGAACGCCCUGCUCCCGCUGCUGGAUCAUGUCGCAGCCGGGAAGACGAAGGCGUGUGAGUGUGACCUUCAGGACGUGUUCCUGAGGCUGACGUUCGACACGACGACGAAGCUCGUGUUCGGGGUCGACCCGGGAUGCUUGGAGAUCGGGUUGCCCGAGGUGCCGUUCGCGCGCGCCAUGGACGACGCCAUGGACGUGCUCCUGGUCCGCAACGUGCUCCCGCUGUCGUGGUGGAAGCUCGUCAGGCGGCUCCGUGUCGGCUACGAGCGCAAGAUGGCCGCCGCCUGGCGCGACAUUGACGCCUUCAUUGCCGACACCGUUGCCAAGCGAAGGGAAGCCGUGAAAUUAGCCAGAACUGCUGCAGGCGGCGCCGACCUGCUGUCCUCCUACAUCGACGACGACAACGAGGAGAAAGACGCUGUCAUGGACGCGUUCCUCCGGGACACGACCAUGAACCUGAUGCUGGCCGGCCGCGACACCACGGGCUCCGCGCUCUCCUGGUUCUUCUACCUCCUCACCAAGAACCCACGCGUGGUGUCCAAGAUCCUGGCAGAGCUCGAGACCGUCAAGCCCACCAGCGGCGCCAACGCCAUUAACGGCAUGGCGAGCUUCGACCCGGAGGAUCUGGGCAAGCUGGCGUACCUCCACGCGGCGCUGUGCGAGUCGCUGCGGCUGUACCCGCCGUUGCCGAUGGAGCACAAGGGCGUGGUGUCCGCGGAGACGCUGCCGAGCGGGCACGAGGUGAAGCCGGGGGACAAGAUCAUGGUGUCGCUCUACGCCAUGGGGAGGAUGGACGCCGUGUGGGGCGCCGACUGCAAGGAGUUUUUGCCGGAGCGGUGGGUGGACGAAGACGAAUCGGCCAGCAGCAGGCUGCGGCACGUGCCGUCCUACAAGUUCCUGGCAUUCAACUCAGGGCCCAGGACUUGUCUCGGCAAGGACAUGGCGUUCGUGCAGCUCAAGGCCGUGGCGGCCGCCGUGGUGUGGAACUUCGACGUCCAGGCCGUGCCCGGGCAUGUCUUCGAGCCCAAGGUGUCCAUCAUACUCCACAUGAAGAACGGAUUCAUGGCCAGGAUUAAGAGGAGGCAGCUAGGUGCUUAGGAAUUGAUUGAAAUUAAUCCACUACUACUAGCUAGCGGUGAUGUCUGUAUUGCCGGUCGUAACUCGCAGUCUGUGCUUACUCGAGCACUCUGUACUCUUGUCCCCCAAAAACGAGCCUCCCCCUUUCCAAGCGCGUUGCAGCAAUAAAGAGUUGGAGCAAAAUAUUCCAAUCUCAUGCAGGCACGUCAGAACAUUUCUUCAGUCUAAAGGGUUAUUAAAUCCAAAAAUUCUUUA